UUUUUUACUAGCUUAAAAAAGAAAAUAAUUUUAUUUAUUCAAUUUGUUUUGUUAGUAAAAUAAAUAAUUUAAAAAUAGAACUCCGCAAAAAAACUCUUCAACAUAACCAUUAAAAUAUAAAAACAAAGAGAACUUCUAAUCAAAAAUUGUCAUCGUAAAGAUGACAAAAAUAAAUAAAAUGUUAACAAAAACAACUCUUAUAAGGAAGCCAAUGACGUUGGCCAAAUCAAUAUUUGUCUUUUUAAUAAUUGCGGCUUUUCUACGCGACCAUCUAGUGGAGGCACGUAAACAUCAUUUAGAAGUUCGAACCGAUGAUCGUCCUUAUAUUGCCUUGUCAACAUUUGGUUUCUAUACCAAUGGCCAUUUAAAUGUUAAUCUUAGCAAAUUGGUGUUGUCAUCGGAAACGGGUAAUGAAAAGUUGGGUUUGUCUUUGGACAAGACUACCAUCGAUCAAAUGAAUCCUUAUUUGGAUUCUCAUCAAAAUAAAUGUUUAUUGGAAGAAUCUUGGAGUUUGCAAAGAAGUGGUCCAAUUUUAUUCUUUUUAUUCGAUUUAAAGAAUUUACAAGUCCAUGUUAAAUGCUCACCCGAAUGGCGUAAUCAACACAUCUACAAGGACAGCUCAAUGUUUCCCAUGUAUCGUGGCAAACGACAAUCAAAAGUACAUACAACUCAAAAUAGGCUGGUUUUAGGACCUCGUCGUAGACGUGAUGUUGCACCACACGAAGGUGAAGCCAAUGGCGACAAUAUGCCACCAGUUUUACUCAAUGAAGAACAACUAAUGGAUGACGAUGAUUCGUACGAAGCACCCGCAGUCCCCUCCAAACCAACAGCAGCUGCCAAAAAAGUCAAAGAAGAACAUGUUAUAGGAGAAAAUCCUGUAGUAGAAGAAAAAACUCAAGGAAGCGGUGAAAAGAAAGUUGAAUCAUCUGAGAAGUCUUUAAACCCACCUACCAUGCCAGCUGCUGUAAUGCAACAAGCUCAAGAUUAUUCCUCAAAAGAAAAUGUACAAAAUCCAUUUUGUAAAAAUUUGAUUCUGCCCUUGACACGGACAAAUGUGGAUGGUGUAAAUUAUUAUAAUAUGUCGUUUUCUAUGUUUGUGGGUUCAUUGCGUGAAGAAGGUCUUUAUAAUUUAUAUUUCCAUAAUUGUGAGAACUAUCAUGGUUUCGAUAAAGAAGUUUCAUUUGUGGUCGAUAUUGAAGAAAAUAAUAAUGGCAACUAUUUGUCAGCUGGAGAAAUGCCUUUACCCGCUUUAUAUUUAAUGAUGUCUUUAUUAUUCUUUUUGUCCGGUCUAUUUUGGGUAUUUAUCUUAAAAAAGAGCAAACAUACAGUUUACAAAAUUCACUAUAUAAUGGCGGUUUUAGUAUUUUUAAAAUCAUUGUCAUUAAUGUUUCAUUCAAUAAAUUAUCAUUUUAUUGAAACCAGAGGAGAACAUGUCGAAGCAUGGGCCAUUUUAUAUUAUAUUGCUCAUUUACUUAAGGGAGCUGUUCUAUUUAUAACCAUCGUUUUAAUUGGCACCGGUUGGACAUUUAUCAAACAUAUACUAUCCGAUAAAGAUAAGAAAAUCUUUAUGGUUGUAAUACCAUUACAGGUUCUAGCAAAUGUUGCCGAAAUUAUUAUCGAAGAAUCUGAGGAAAGUGAUGCUGAAUACCGAACCUGGCAUAAUAUAUUCAUAUUUGUUGAUCUCCUAUGUUGUGGUGCCAUAUUAUUCCCGAUUGUCUGGUCGAUACGUCAUUUACAUGAAGCCUCAGCCACCGAUGGCAAAGCUGCCAUUAAUUUACGUAAAUUAAAAUUAUUCCGCCAAUUUUACAUAAUGAUCGUCUGUUAUAUCUACUUUACACGUAUUAUUGUUUAUUUGCUUAAAAUGACGGUGGCCUUUCAAUAUGCCUGGUUGGAUGAAAUGUUCCGUGAAAUGGCCACAUAUGUUUUCUUUGUCUUGACGGGCUACAAAUUCCGUCCAACAUCAUCACAUCCUUACUUUGCCGUAGACGAUGAUGAUGAUGACGGCGAUGAGGUUGAAGUUUUAACCGAAUCGGGUCUCACACAUAAUAUACAUCGUACUAAGGCACAAAAUCGUAAUGCUGUGUCGAAUACCACCAUUAUUGAGGGUAAUGAUGAGGAAAAAGAGAAUUUAAUUUCGAAACGAGAAUCAUCACAUGAAUAUGAUUAGAAUUUAUGUAGUAGAAAAGUAUUUAAAAAGUGAAACAAAAUAUGUUUGCAAAAGAAAGAAAAACUAUAAACGAUUUAUUAUAUUAAAAAUUUAUGGUUUAGGAAUUUGCUCCUCUUAAACAGAGACAUACACAUAAACAUACAUACACAUUUUCUAUUAAGUCUUGACUGAAACAAAAAGAUAACUAAAAAAAAACUUAUAUUAAAAAGGAGUUUUUUCUUUUGUAUUACUUUCAG